AUGUUCAGAUUUUGUAAAUCUGAUAGUUUAUUAAUUAAUUAUAGAGAGCUUAAAUAUAUAUGUUUUAUUUAUAUUUUCUUGUUGUUCAGCUUUUUUAUUUGGUGUUUAUGUAAAAAACAUUUUCAAAAUAAAAUAAAUAAAAGACAUAAAUGGAAGAAUCAUGAAUCAAUAUAUAAAAAUGAAAAAGCACAAUUUUUUAAUUAUAUAUAUGAAUCAUCUGACUCAGAUGAAGUAAUUAUUAGACAAGAGGGAUAUGCAAAUAGUUUUGUUGGCUUUGUACUAAAAAAUAUAUCUAUUAUAUUUUACUUAAUUACUCAUAUUAUUAUUAUAUUAUUGAUAAUUAAUGAAUAUUGCAUAUAUGAAAGUAAUGACAAAUUAUGGAAUGAUAGGGCUUUUGUAUUUUUUAUUUUUUUUCUAUUAAGUUUUAUAAUUACUUAUGGGAUAUUAACCGUUAGAAAGCAUAUGCAUAGUUUUUUUUUAAAACCUUCACUUUUGAAGGAUAGUGAUUAUGUAUUAGUUUAUACAAAAAAUGAAGACUAUAUAAAUUUUUAUAAAAACAUAUUUAAAGAAAUCUUGGAAUUUUUACAUAUUUUUUUAAAAAAGAGAUAUUAUAAAUUAAAAAAGUUUUUGUUUCCAUACUUUGAACCAUUCAAUAAUUAUAAUAAAGAAAAAAAAAACAGCAUUUUUCAAUAUAAAAAAAAUAACAAUGAAAACAAAUAUAAGGAGUUCAAUAAAAAAAAAAUAAGUAAAAAUUAUGAAAAUAUCUUUAGGGAAGAAGAAAUAAUAAUAAAAAAAGAAAAAAAAAAAAAAAUGGAAACAAAGCCUAUAAAUAAAUUAAAAGUUCACAAAGUAAAGGUAAGAACAAAUGAAAAAAAUAUACGAUAUUUUUUUUUUCGUAGCAUGAAGUAUGUGUAUAAUGAGAAAAAGGAUGCCUUUUAUAAUAUAUCACAUAGUAUAAAUGAAAAAGUAAAUAAUUUAGAUUUCAAUUAUAUAUUAAAAAAAGGAGGCCUAAAUAAUAACGAAAUUAUAAAUAAUAUAAAUGAAUAUGGAUAUAAUAAUAUUCAUUUAGAAUUUUAUUCUUUUUUUAAAAAUCUAAAAAGAGAGUUGUUAGAUGGUAUUUAUAUGUUUCAGUUAUUUAUAACAUAUAAAAAUUUCUUCUGGAAAGAAAUGAUAACAUCUUUAAUUUGGUUAAUUAUAUCUAUGUUAACAGUAAUAAAGAAAAUAUUUAAGAAUCAGAACAAUAAGAAAGAAAUUUAUGAAAAUAUUCAAGCUAAUAAUAAUACAAUGGUAACUGUUUAUAGGAAUUCUAUAGUACAGCAAAUACCAUCAAAUAAUUUAACCAUUGGUGAUAUAAUUAUAAUAACAUCAAAAAUGACUAUACCUUGUGAUUGUUUAUUAUUAACAGGAAAUGCUUUAGUGGAUGAAAGUUUAUUAACGGGUGAAUCAAGACCUAUGAAAAAAAUAUGUAUAUCAAAUUUGAAUUCUUUUAAUUCGUUUGAUAAGAUAAACUCUAAUGAAUCUCAUAUUUUAAGUGAAAAUCAAGAAAAUAAUUUUAUUGAAAAACAAAAAGGAAAUGAUAAAAAAAAAAAUUUGGAAUAUAGUAAAAUUAACAAAAAGGAUUAUAAUAAACAACAUGAAUAUAAUAAAUAUAACUAUAAUAAUUUUAACACAAAUAAUAUAUUAUAUGCUGGAACAGAUGUAAUAUCUACCUUGAAUUUUUCAGAUAAUAUAUAUGCUAUAGUAAUAAAUGUAAGUAUAUACACAUAUAAAGGAAAAUAUAUGCAAAAUGUAUUAUUCCCUAAUCCAUUACUUUUUAAAUAUGAUUCUCAGCUGCCUAUAGUUUUUAUUUUUACUAUUUUCUUUAGUUUAAUUUGUUUAUAUUUUCAAAUAUAUUAUUUGGGUUUUAACAUGACUUCCAUUUUUUAUUCAAUUGGAACAUUAUCUCAAAUAUUACCUGUUUGGACUCCUGUAGUUUUAAAUAUAGGAUUAAAUAUUUCUACAAAUAGAUUAAAAAAAGAAAAAAAUGUUUGUUGUAUUGCACCAUCUAGAAUUCCUAUAUGUGGUAAAAUUCGCAUUUUCUUUUUUGACAAAACAGGAACAUUAACAGAUCAUAAAAUAGAACUUUCAGGGGUUCAUUUUUGCAAUAAUAUUUUAAACGAAAAAAAAAAAAUGCAUUCAAGACAUAGUAAUCAUAAUAAAAGUAUUUCUGAUGAUACUUAUGAUAUUAAAUUUGAAAACUUUUCAUUACUCAAUAGUAAAAAUUUUAAAUCUUUCUAUAAGAAUAACUUAAAGAAAAAUUGGAAUUUAAGAGAUUUUGAUUAUAAUGCCCCACAUUUUUUGUCAAAUAAUAUUGUCGAAUAUUACAGCUCUAAUAAUAUUAAUAAUAAUGUUUUUGAAAAAAUUAAUAUGAAAGAUAAAAAUGAUUUUAAUAAUGCUUCUCAACAUUCCUUUUAUUCUAGCAUGGGAUUCAACGAUGCAAAUAAUAUUAAUGAAAAAAAAAGUAGAAACAUAAGUGAAGAAUAUAUACAAAAGCCUUUAACAUAUUACAAAAGUCAUUUGUUUGCUUUAACAGAUAAUAAUACUUAUGAUCAACCAGAAAAAAAUAAAUUAUUUGAUCAUAAAUUAUCCAAUUACAAUAAUAAUGAAAGGAGUAAUGAUAAUAAUAGCCAAACAUCAACUGGUGAUAUUUUUCAAAGUUAUGAUGAAUUAGAAGAAUAUAAAUAUUAUGAAGAUGAAAUAAAAGAACCUAAUCAUAAUAAAAAGGAAAAAAAUAUUUAUAGAGAAAAUUUUAAAAAAUAUAAUAAAAAUAAUAAUGAAAAAAAACAAAUUCAAAAAAAAAAAAAUGGUAGAUAUAAUAAUAAUCAAACUAAUUAUAAAAUUUCACAUGAUGAGGUGGAGAAGUAUAAUGAAGAUACUUUUGUAAAUGAAACAAAAGAAAACUCAAAGAAGGACCAACAAGUAUCAAUUGAUAUGAAUUCAAAUAUCAUUAAAGGGGAUUGCUUUAUAAAAAAGAAGCAAAAAAAAGAUUUGAUAAAAAGCAAUAAUAAAAGGGGUAAUGAUAAUAAUAAUAAUAUAAUUACAAAAACAAGUAAUAUUAAUGAAUCUACUACUAUGAAUUCAAUUACUUCUCUAUUAUAUAAUAGCAAAUUGAUAUGGACUAAUAAACUUACUCUUAAUAAUACACCUUCAAAUUAUCAUUUACUAAUUUAUGCAUUGGCUGGUUGUUCAUGUGUUUAUUAUGAUAGUAAUAAUAUAUAUGGAAAUGAAAUUGAUAAAAGAUUAUUUGAAGCAACUGAGAUGAGAAUAAGCAAUUAUAUCAAUAAACAUGAUAUGAAUAUAAAAAAGAUUACUUUAAAAAUGAAUGAUGAAUAUAAAAGUUUUGAUAUUCUAAAAACAUAUGAAUUUGAUUACUACACAAAAAUAUCUACUACCUUAUCAUAUGGAUAUUUUGAUUUUAAAGACAAAAUUUACAUUGUUUUUUCCAAAGGUUCCUUCGAUAAAAUUUACCAAAAAUGUAUUAAAAAUGACGAAAUAUUUUUUUUUAAAAAAAAAGAACAAGAAUACAGUAAAAAUGGGUUUUAUGUUAUUGCUUUAGCUUUUAAAAUUAUAUGGAAAUCAUCUUAUGAGAAUAUUCUAGAAUUAUCUAGGGAAGAAUUAGAAAAGGAUAUGAAUUUUCUAUCAUUAAUAAUGUUUAAUAAUCACAUAAAGAAUGAUGCUCCUAAUGUUAUUCAAACUUUAAAAGAUUCUUCAAUUAGACCUAUUAUAUUAACUGGUGACAAUGCUUAUAAUUGUUUAUACGUUGGCAAUAAAAUAGGGUUAUUCAGUAAGGUAGAUUUUUAUGAUUCUUUUUUUUCAUUAAAUAUAAAUUCUAAUAUUAAUUCUGAAAUUAAGAAAAAUGAUAAAGAAAAUGUAUUUCAAUCUAACGAAACAAAAUUUUUAUCUUUUGAAAAUCUUAUAAAAUCAAAUAGCAAUGAGAAAAAAUUAAGUAAUUCACCGUAUAUUUUGGAUAAAUAUAAUGAACAACCAAAAAAAAAAAAAAAGAAUAAAAGCAGUGAUAAAAAGGAAAUUGAUAAAGGAAAUGUUAGAAAUAAAAAGUAUGUUGAUAUAAAGUAUUCAUAUAUUAAAUCAAAAUAUUGUAAUGGAAACUGUAAAUAUGAAUCAGAAGAAAAUACUCUUUUAUUACCUCAAAAUAAAGAUGAGAAAGAAAAAUUAGUAUCCAAUAAUUUAAAUCAAAAUGAUUAUAGCGUUAAAAAUAGUUUAAUGUGUAAGUUUUCAAAUGGUAAAAAUGAUACUUAUAAUGAUGCUGUGAACUACAGUAAUAAUAAUACAAGUGCUGAUAAUUAUGACAGCAUUAAUAAUAGUAUAGAAGAUGAUAAGAAUAUAAAAGAUAAAGAAAGUAGCAUUUUAAAAUCUAAUGAUCAAAUUCAUUUUAUGAAUAACAAGGCUUCGUAUUACAUAAAAGAAGAAAAAUAUGAAGAAAAUAUAAUAGUAUAUGGACAUGUAUUAAAUGAUGAAUUGAUAUUUAUUAAUAUACAAAACGACAGAAAAAUUAGUAAAAAUAUUGUAUUGUAUGAUGAUAUAUAUAAAGAAAUAAUUUUAACAGGUGAAGCUUAUCGAUUUAUAAGGCAUAGAAUAUUUCACAUUAAAAGUAAUGAUGAAGAAUUUAAUAAUAAAGAACUAGAAGAAUAUAAAAAUUUCUUAUUAAGGGUACGCAUAUUUUCAAGAUUAACACCAAAUAAUAAAAUUGAAGUCAUAAAAGAUUUUAUAAAUUUUGGUUACAUAUCGGGUAUGUGCGGAGAUGGAAGUAAUGAUUGUGGUGCUUUAAAAAUUUCUCAUGCAGGUUUAGCUUUGUCGAAUUCUGAUACAUCAGUUGUGUCACCUUUUAGUAGUAGAAAUGAAAAUUUAAAAAGUGUGAUUGAUAUAUUAAGGGAAGGAAGAGCUUGCUUAGUUACGUCUAUUAAUUGUUAUAAGUAUAUGCUAUUAUAUGGAUUUAUGAUUUCAAUUAUUAAAAUUGUCUUAUUCAUGCAUGCACAUGCAGUUAUGUCAGAAUAUGGGUAUUUGUUUUUUGAUAAUGUAAUUUUAUUAUUAUUAGCAAAGUCAAUGACUUUAUCAAAACCAGCACAUAAGUUAAAAACACAAACACCCACUUCAAGUAUUAUAGGUGCUCAAACCAUUCUUUCUUUAUUAUGUACACUUUUAGUUAAUUUUUUCUUUCUUUAUGUAAUUAUUUUUCAAUUUUUUUAUGUUUAUAAUUUACCAACAUCAUAUCAUAUGAACAGCUCAGCACCCAAAUCAUCUUGGUGGUUAAUGAGUGAUAAUUAUGAAAGUUUUUUGACAUGUAUUUGGUUUUGUUUUCAAAUUGUAAAUAGUGCUUUUAUUUUAACGUUUGGUGGAAAAUAUAGAAAAAAUAUUUUUACAAAUUAUACCUUUAUGACGUAUUACUUUUUGAUAAACAGUUUUUUAUUAUAUUUAACAUUAGGAGGUCCUAAUAAGUUGACGUGUUUAUUUCGCAUGAAUUGUAAUAAUGAGAUUUCAAAAACUACGAAAUUCAAAAUUUUAGAUUUAUUUUCUUAUUCAGCUAGUGGAUUAAGCUUUUACGGUCCUAACGGAAAUAAUAUAUUGAGUAGGAACCAUAAAAUAAGAUUUCUUUUCUUAAAUUUUCUAAAUAUAGCUGUAAAUAUUUUCAUAUCUAAAUAUAUUUUAUGUGAAAAGCUUUAUAAUUUGGUAAGAAAAUUUUUUAAUUUUAAAAAUAGAAAAAUUCCUGUUUAA